CUUAAAGGAGAGAAACAGCAAGAUACGACCAGGAGCUCUCAAAAUUUCAGGGAAACUUUCAAUUAUUAUAAACAUUUUUAUAAGAAAAAUUACCCAUCUAGAAAUGAUUUUGUCACAUGAUGUUAUUGCUUUGUAAAAGAGAUUAAUAUUUAAAGUGUAUCAUGGCUUACAAAUACUAGUAGAAACGUAAAAACUUAAAUUUAAACAAAACUAAUUAAACUUGAAUAGUUAAGUGAUUCUAAAAAAACUUUGACUACUACUGUUAAGCUGCUCUUGCGACAGCCGCGAAUUUCGUUUUGUAAGAUUUAUUAUGGAAUUUUACUAUUUUGUAACGUGAAUGAGAAUUUAAGUUCUACUUAUCCCUUCAUACAAAUCCCUCAUGAUGAACUGCAGAAAAAUAUGAUAUUGAAGUUAUAUACAUUGUAGCGAGUCUGUUUAUCUUUUCAAAAAUUCAUUGAAGUAUGUCAACUAAGAAAAGUGAAUUUGAAUUAAAAGAAAAUGAGUUGCAGUUUUCAGACUUAUGUGAAAAACUCAAAGCACAUCCUUUUGAAUCGCCUUGGCGUAAAUGUUUUGUGAAAAUGAGUGAAAAGAAACCAUUCAUUAAUGAAGUCACGGAAUUAACAAUAGAUGAUGUUGGGUUUGAAACUGUCUGUAAAGAUCCUGCUUCCUCUCAAAUUGAAAGUUUUCUAACGUCUGAAGCUCAAAAGAAUGAUGCUGAUCAACAAGAAAUUCUGGAGAAAAGAAUGUUAUUGGAUGAAAUUAAAAUUAGCAGAAUCAAGAAGUUGUUACUAAAUGAAGAUUCAGAUUCUUUAGAACUUGCAAAGGAUUUUGAUUUUCUGCUUACAUUGCCUCUACAACAAGUGCCAGACUUUUGUGAUCAAAUCAAGUCUUCUGUCUUAAAUGAAUCAUCUGCUGCAACACUUUUAAAUGCAAUACUUUCUUUUGAAAAACAGAUUAGCUUGGCAACUGCUAGUGUCAUUGUACAGAAUUUUGUUUAUCCUAAGAUUUCUGAAAAUGAAAAAACGAAUUCUCGUACAUUUUCAACAUCUAUUUUGAAAUUUACUGAAGCUUACCCAAAGACUGGAAUAGAUGAAGUGCUCAUACCUUGCUUGAGGAAAGAAACAUUAGGUACUUUUGAAUCUGAAAUCUUGUUUGAAAUGGUAAAAACAAGUUUGCCUGAUGAAUAUACAGCAUACUGCAUAAAAGCUGUUUUAGAUCAGGCAAUGCAUUCUGAAAACAUGUUUGAAAUUCUCAAAUGCCUUGUAGAGAGGAAGGUGCAGCAUGAUCAAAAUCUACACGACUUAUUGUCAAAAAAACUGAAUGACCUUUCUUCUGUGUGCUCCAAUAAUUUGAAAUUCACUAAGUUGCUCACCAGCACCCUCACUGUAUAUGGAUCUAUGCUUACAGAAGAACAGAUUUCGAUGUAUGAUGAAGCAGUGAAAAACAACAAAACACUUGCAAAAAAAGCAGCAGAAAAUGUAUUGAAGAAACUGAAGUCAAAUUUAGAGCUGUAAUAUUUACAUUUUGUCAUUUU